GCGGAGCGGGCGGCCAUGGAGGAGGACAGCUGCGGCGGGGCGCCUAUCCCGGCCCCGGCGCCCACCCCUGCGCCGGGUCGCGGGCUGCAGGACGAGCUGACGUGCGCCGUGUGCCUGGAGUACUUCAGGGAUCCGGUGAUGGUGUCUGACUGCGGCCACAACUUCUGCCGCGCCUGCGUGACGCAGUGCUGGGAGGAGGCGGGCCGCGGGCUGUGCUGCCCGCAGUGCCGCGAGCCCGUCCCGCAGCGCCUCUUCCGGCCCAACCGCCAGCUCGCCAACAUCGUGGACAUCGUGCGCCAGCUCGACGCCGUCCCGGCCCCCGCGCCCGCCCCGGCCCCUGCCCCUGCCCCCGCCUGCUUCGGCGCCUCCCCGGGCCCGGCCGCCGCCGGCCCCGGCCCCGAGCUGUGCGAGCGCCACGGGGAGCCGCUCAAGCUGUUCUGCCAGCAGGACCAGCGCGCCGUCUGCCUCGUCUGCUACCUGGCCUGGGACCACCGCGGCCACCGCGUCGUGCCCGUGGAGGAGGCGGCGCUCGGCUUCCAGGAGGCACCGCAAGAGCACCUGGCCUGUUUGAGAAAAGGGAGAGAAGAAUCCAAAGUUCAGCGUGAGAGGCAAGGCGAGGAGCUGCUGAAGCAAACAGAAACUGAGAGGCAGAAGAUCAUAGCAGAAUGCAAGGAGCUGCGUGGGUUCCUGGAAGAGAAGGAGCAGUUCCUGCUUUCCAGGCUGGAAGAGCUAGACAGAGACAUUGUCAAGAGAAAGGAUGAAAGUGUCUUCAAGCUGUCUGAAGAAAUUUGCCACAUUGAUAAACUACUCAGUGAAAAAGGAGGCGAGAGUGAGCCAAUGGACCAAACUGACCAGAGUGUUGCCAGCACUGUGACCAGCAGCAGGAACUGGGUGUUUCAGAAGCAAGAACCUGGCUUUUCAGAGGUGGAAAAAAAGCUUAAGAGCUUCUCCCAGAAAAGUGCUGUCCUGAAGGAAGUGUUGCUGGAAUUCAAAGAGAACCUGCGGUUUGAGCUGGAAAAUGACACGGGUGAUAUCACUCUGGACCCAGAGAGUACAAAUCCCUACCUGAUGCUGUCGGAGGAUAAACGGAGUGUGCGGCUGAGAAGUGCCCCACAGGACCUGCCUGCAAACCCCAAGAGAUUCGAUUAUGCUUUCUGUGUCCUGGGGGCUGAAGGCUUUUUCUCUGGCAGGCAUUACUGGGAGGUGGAGGUUGGGGAUGGGGACAGCUGGGCUGUGGGGGCUGCUAGGGAGUCGGUGAGAAGGAAGGAGAAAAUUGACUUUGCGCCUGAGGAGGGGAUCUGGGCAGUAGGGCUGAAUUGGAAGGGCAAGAACUGGGACCAGUACCAAGCUUUCACCUCUCCUGAGACACCCCUGUCCCUGUGUGAGAGGCCCAGAAAGAUUGGGGUCUACCUGGACUAUGAAGGAGGAUGGGUGGCAUUCUACAAUGCUGAUAACAUGGCCCCCAUCUUCACCUUCACAGCUGCUUUCACUGAGAAGAUCUUCCCUUUCUUCUGGCUCUUCUAUGUUGGUUCCUCUCUCUCGCUAUGUAAUUGACCUUCCCAACUUUAGACCUAAAGGUGACCUGCAAAGGGUGGGGGGGGGGGGUGGAAAUUAGGGUAUUUUGGUUACUUUCUGAACCAGGCCUAAAAUGUUGACGUUUUUGUUUCUAUGCUAGUCUUGGGUCUCAUCUGUUCUGCAAGAUUCAGUGGCCCACUAGUGAUCUGUACAUGGGGAAUCUUUAAAACCAGAGAUGAUCAGUGGGACAUGUGACCCUUUGCAUUGUCUAGGUGGCUAAAGAUUUGCAUGUAGAGACCUUGAGUGGGCUGUAGAGCGUUGCAGGGUAGACCAGUUCUAUUGCCCAAGUGACAUAAAGGGUGGGAUUUCCAAAGUGUUUUGUCCAUUUCUGUUCUGUUCAGGAAUUAGCAACCUUAUGACAGCAGUGAUGCUGAAGAAUUUCUAUCUCUUCACUCAGAAAGGUUAACUCGGACACCUAUUUAACUCGGUACAUGCCUCAGCAAGAAGAGCUGCAGUAGUGACUGAUCAGUCCUUCCUGCCUGUUUCAAGGUUGAUUAGGAGCAAAAAAAGAAGCCAGCAGGCAGAGCCAGACUUGGCAUUCUCAAUGGUUGUUGAUCUGGAAAACCAAGCUGCAUGACGAGAGGAGGUAUAUGGAUAUCAGGCCUCUUAACUUUCACUUUGCAGGUCACCUUUUAGAGAAUGUAGUUGCUCCAGUUCCCUUUCUGUUCCAGCCUCUGUAUGGAGAUUAAUGCUUUCUCUUAAUGGAGCAGGGUGUCAAGUUUCUUGGCCACCAGCACUCAGUUUAAAAAAAAAAAAAAAAAAAAUAGCCUCUACUAUUGCUUUUCCCAUGUUGCUGAAUACCUAGUGAGGACUAGGCUUGCCCUCUGUAUCUGGGCCACAGAAGUUGCUGGGAACUGAGGUCUGUCACCCUCUCUGAGGAUUAGGCUUGCUGCAUUUGAGCGGUAGGCCAAAUUCCUGGGUUUAGGAAGGAUGGUAGGAUCUGUUACCUGUUGACUCAGGUGAAUGAGAAAUAUAGGUCAUAUUCUGGGGCUACAUGAGGCUUUAAAUCCAGGAGGUAACUAGCUCUAUACCUAGAGGGUUGGGUGCUGAUUUUACUUGAUAUCAGAAUCUCUAGACUGGCAGAGAGCAGAACUAGCAAUCGUUCCAGUCCUUGCCCUGUGGCUUUUGGUAGCUGUUCAAGGUUGGCCUGUAACAGGGAGCAGAAUGUGUCCUUGUUAAAGCAGCCAGAAGGUGACUUUCAUCUGUUUUGUGAUCCUCCUUUAGUGUUGAAUUGCCUCUAGCCCUGUAAUUCCUUCAGUGCCAUGCAUCCAGGCUGUUUCACUGUUGCUGUUUAGUAGGAAAAAUAAAACUUGCUGUGCAAAUAGCAAAGUCCAA